AUGACUGAGAGUGACCUGAUUUAUCAAAUCGAUAGUGAUGAUGAAAUCAAGAAAAUGAAAGAUAUUGAAUUGUCACUAUCUCGAUCAAGUACACCGACAAAUACAUCGAAAUCCAAACGAACACGACUAGCAUUUCCUUUUGGAGCUUGUCGAGUUUGCUCAGAUUCAGCCACUGGAAUACAUUAUGGUAUAGCUACUUGCGAAGGAUGCAAAGGCUUUUUCAAACGAAGUAUUCUACGAAAAGAAAAAUAUCGAUGCUAUUUUGACAAUUCAUGUCUUGUUAAUGUAACCAAUCGCAACCGAUGUAAAGCAUGUCGAUUUCAACGGUGCAUAGACAAAGGAAUGUCUGUAGACGGUGUGAAAAUGGGUCGUAUACCAAAGUUAGUGAAGGAACGAGCAUUACUUGAACAAAAAGAACAACAAAUGAGACAAGAAGCAGGAUUAACAGAACAUAGUGAAAGAUCCGAUGGAGGGCAUGCUAGAGAAUCAUCAUGUUCAUCAUUAUCGGAUCGUAGCAUUGAAAAUUAUGAUCCGAAUACCGUGGAAACAGAUUUAAUGGAUAUGCAAGUAUCGGCUAUGCGAAGAAAUUGUCAAUCAUCUAAAAUCUAUUUAAAUAAUAGUUCCUCACAACAAAAUUCUUCACUAUAUAAUGAUCGAAUCAUAAAUCGUUCGGCAAUUCCAUCGAAUAUAUCUGAACGUGAUCUAAGCUCAAAUUUGAGUUGUAAUCAAAAUCAAAAUCAAAAUCAAAAUCAAAAUCAAAAUCAAAAGUCACCUUUCAUAUAUCAAACGAGAUUUCCAACAUAUUUGCCCAAUGAUUUCACAUUAGACGAAACUGAUGGUUUAAUGGAACAUCCAACAGGAAAUUUAACCGACGAGUUAUUCCGACAUGUAUACAAUAUAUCCAAUAAAUUGAGUCAGAAUAAAUCCACAUUAAGUUCUCAAAUAACAGAUGAUGAAUUAAGAUUUUUACGAUUUAUUCGUUGGUCAUCCUAUAAUAUUUAUCUUCGACAUUCAAGACGUGUUAAACAAUUAGAAACGCGAAUGCAUCAAAUGAUUUUCAAUGGUAUCAAUGAAUAUCCAGGUGAUAGUGCAACAGCUGCACAAUUCUUGGCUACUGUUCCAAGAACUCUUGAAGUUACUGUUCGUUCGUCGGUCUUUUAUAUUCAAGAGUUAUCCGGUAUGGUUAAUAUAGGUUCGAGUAACCUACACAAUAUGAUUCUCCAUCGAUCAUUCGAUUGGUAUAUGCUCAAAUAUGCUUCUCUAUUAAACGAUAAUGGUGAAUGUUAUAUACUUUCUCCCGAUGGUUUUCAAUACACUCGCCGUUGGAUGAAUACAUUGUAUGGAGUUGAAAUGGUCGAUGCUAUGUUUAAAUUUAGUCAAUGUUUUCGUAAUCUUAAUUUAACUGAAUCUGAAUAUUGUCUUAUAAUACCUUUACAAAUGUGUCACACGGAUUCAACAAUGAAAGAUCAAGACAUUCCACGAAUGCUACGUGCAUGCUAUCUUUACUCUCUCUACCAAGAGUUAUGUCAAAAUCGUGGUGAGCACGAAGGAAAAAUAAUCUGUAGUAAAGUUUUACAGGUACUUGAUCUAUUAGUUCCACUAAAUGAAUCUUAUGAGAAAAACGUUGGAUCUCGCGUAUUAGAAACAUAA